AUGGCCGACACGCUCACGUCAAUCGUUACUACCAACAAGCUCUCGCGAAACGCGGAGCGCCCCCAGCACUUUCAGUACAACGACCGUGCAUCGCACGCAUAUAAGGCCAAGGCUACAAAGCCUACCGUUACUCCGCCAAAGCGUGCCGUUCCUAAUGACGAGAGCGAGCGGCCUACCAAGAUCAGGUGGCUCACUUCAGAGCCACCUCCCUGUCGUUACAAUCAUGCUUGGCAAGUCUUAGUAGAAGCAGAGCUUCACUGUGCGAAGGAGAAGCUCACGCGGUAUGCACGACUGUUUCGCCAGACGCCGGUUGUAACGCAGCCCUCGAUGCGAGAUAUGCAGUACCAGACGCAGGAUCAAGAGCCUACGGCGUUCCAAAUGCCCCUAGAGUUCACUAACACGGGCAGGAUCCACUCCAGGGAAGAAGGCAGCAGAUCUAGCGAUCAGGAAAGCCACGUGCAGUCCGAUGGUGAAUGGUCUUGGCUCUCCAACGCUUGGCUGCUUGGUGAGUAUGUCGGAAGUGAGGCGUUCAAGGACGCUAUCGCUGAUGCCCUCGUGAGAAAGCCGAGCAGGAGGUCCAUGUGA